AUGAACCGUGGCAGUAUCUAUCGUAGACGAUCAUCGGCAUUUUAUUAUUCAAGUUUUGCCUAUCAAAACAGGCGUGCCUCAAACAUACAGGUGCCGGCCACGUUUGGUGAUUGUGCAGCAGCAGCAUCGGCAACUGGCAAUGCUACUAUCAAUGAUGAUAAUGCUACAUCCUAUCAAAAUGAAAACUACGGUGACCAGAUAGCCACUGUCGAUAUGGGCCAACGUAUACGCCAGUGUAUUGAACAACGUGAACUAUCCAGACAACGUAAAUAUAGACGAUUGUUGACUACUGUAGUAUUAUGUUAUGGGAAUUUUUGUGUAGGCAGUGCCUACUCAAUACUGGGACCACUGUUUCCCACUCAGGCUAAAUUAAAGGACAUAUCGGAAACAUGGAUCGGCUUGAUAAUGGCACAAUUUGAGGUGGCCAUAUUUUUUGGGUCAAUCAUUUUUGGCAAAUUGAUGUCAAAUAUUAAUCCUAAACACGCCCUAAUUGGUGGCCAAAUAAUUGCUGGCUUAACCUGUUUAUUAUUUGGGUAA